AUGGCUCAAGCUAAACCAGUAGAACUAAUUUUCCUAGGAACAGGGACAUCAGGUUCAGUUCCAUCUAUUCAUUGUUUAACGCAGAAUCCUCCGACUUGUUCUGUUUGUAUUGAUGCAACCUAUAUUAAUUCCAAAAAUCGUCGACGAAAUACGAGUGCAGUAAUUCUUAUUAAGGAUUGUAAUGAUGAUCUUAAAACUCUUGUUAUCGACUGUGGAAAAACUUUUUACGAAGCAACACUUGAAUAUUUUCCUCGUUAUUCUUUGAGGAAAAUUGAUGCUUUAUUGAUUACUCAUGCACAUGCAGAUGCUAUUAAUGGUUUGGAUGAUUUAAGAGGGUGGACAUUAAAAGGGUUAAUUCAGGAUUAUAUUGAUAUUUAUCUUACUUCAGAAACGAUGGACACUAUAUCUACUACAUUUCCAUAUUGUGUAUACCCAGAAAAAGCGACAGGUGGAGGAGAUGUCCCAUCUUUUCGUUUUCAUAUUAUAGACUUUAUUCAUCCAUUUAUUGUCGAGUCUUGUGGAAAUAUAACUAUAUAUCCACUUAAGGUUCAACAUGGUGUCUUUCAAAAUAAACAGGGAAAUAAGCUUCCAUUUUAUAUUUUAGGAUACCGUAUAAACAAUUUAUCUUAUAUUUCCGAUGUAAGUGUUAUUCCAGAUGAAACUAUCGAUAUUAUUAAGGGUUGUGAGUUUUUAGUUCUGGAUGCAUUAAAAGAACAGCCUCAUUUAUCUCAUUUUUCUAUUCCACAAGCUUUAGAUUUUCUAUCCCACUUAAGUCCAAAUUUACCAAAAAAAAUCUUUUUUAUUGGAUUUGAUCAUUCAAUUGCGCAUGAUGAUUUAGAAAAACGACUCAGUCAAGAAAUUCAGCAUGGUAUUCUUAAAAAUACAUGUAUUUUACCUGCAUAUGAUGGUAUGAGAAUUUCUUUGAUUGAUUAA